ACGAUCUAUUUGUGUAUAAAUUGUCAUAGACAGCUGUUACGUGGACAGGUACGACGUUUUCUAUGCCAGAGAUACGCCUGUGAAAAAUGAUUUUAGUUUGCAGGAAACAAUAUUCCACCUUGUUUCAUGGAUCAGAAUAGUUAGCCAUCAUUUUUUCAUAUAGUAUCUGGAGUAUUCUACACGAAAAUGAGCUCCGGACGUCGCUCAAUUCCUUCGUCCAGAUCACAUCCGUCAUUCACUUCCACUGGCUACUCGCUGGGCCUGGGGUCUCACUCGUCCAGCAGCGAUGGGGAGGCACCGGGGAGGCGAAAGGAGGCUACCGGCGCGAGAAACAGACGACAAGCGGGCCUGUCAACAACAGAGCAGAAUUUACGGUCAAGCGUGAGAAAUACUUCAAAUAGUGAAAUUGAGCAAGUGUGUGAAAGAAUCAAUGACAAAUUAUCAGUUAAUGAUGUAAUGAGUAGAUCAUCUAGCGACCAUUCCAUAUCAAAUCUUCAUGAAAUCAAAGCGUCAUAUUCUGCACAGCAGCAGCAGACGCAUGAACGUUUAAGGCAAGGAAAUGAAAGAACUACAAUGAUGGCAAGAACAAGUAAAAAUCCAAAGAUUAUACCUUGGCGGAAAUGUGCAUUAUGCAGUAUUGCAUUUAGAACUCAAACAGAUUUUCUCAAACAUUUACGGGAUAAACAUUGUACCAAGGAGGGUGGUUCAUUUGUUUGCCGUUAUGGACUUCAUGGUGUUUGCCCAACAUUGCCUGUGGAUGGAGUGAGUGAUGUAGACUAUGAAUAUCAUGUUGCAAGGGACCAUAUGAUGGAUGAAGCUUUAGCAAACAGGUUAAAAUCUGCAGCUCAUAGCGACGCCCCUUCUAUGACAGUAGCUCCCUCAGUGGUCAGUGUUCAGCAAAAAUGGACACCCCUGUCAUCUGUGGUCAACUUACCUGCUGUCUUAAAUGACCCUAGAAAGGUCAAAAGGGAAACAGAUUUCUUCACGAAGACGUGGGGUGAAGGCUUCGUGGAUCAGAGUGAAAUUCCCUCCUCUCCGUAUGUCCCUCGCAUUUCAAGAAUCCACUUUGAGAAAUAUCUCAGGCAGGUGGCAUAUAAACUACAGCAACAUAGAAGACCAUCCGCAGUCAGUACAUCAUCACAAAGCGAUGAUGAUCAGAGCUCAAGUCUUGCCAGUGGAAAUCGAGAUUCAACACCUGAACUGCAGCAAGUACCAAAAAUGUUUUUCAGGAGUGAAUUUGCCCUGGAAAAUCAAGAGACAUUUGAAGCCGUUUUACCUUGGUCACAGUUCAAAGGUCAGCAGUCUUCUAAACUCCUUCAGGAAAAGUUAAGUCACUAUCUUGACAUAGUAGAGGUUCAGAUAGCUCGUCAGAUAUCCAUGCGUUCCAAUGCCUUCUUCAGUGCAAUGGCUUCACAUGACAAGCUUCAAGAGGACCUGGUAGCAACUACGAAAGCAGUACAUGAACUCAGGGAAAAACUCAAUAACAUUGACCAAGUAUUAGCUAAAGGCUCACUUGAAGUGAUGAGGUUAAAGGUAUCAAGAGUCAACUAUGUCAAAGUAUACAACAAGUUAAAAUUGAUGGCGACUGUGCACCAAACACAACCCACCAUUCAACUGCUACUAUCCAACUCAGAGUUUGUGGGAGCCUUAGAUCUAAUCUCCACUACACAUGAGAUCCUGACACAGGAGCUAGCUGGCAUUCAGAGCUUCAGGCAUCUAAGUUCUCAGCUGAUAGAGAUGGAGAAGCUAAUUGAUAAGAUGCUAUCGGAAGAAUUCACAAGGUUUACCUGUCAAGACCUCAAUCGACCUCUAGAUGACCCUGUACCAACUCAAGAAGACAAGUUGUCAUCUGUGAUUUUGGGCAUGAUGAGGCAAAGGAAAUUCAGCUUCCUGAAUGCUUACAGAGAAGAAACAAAUGGUGCGAUCAAGGCAGCUAUUAAGCAGACUGUUGUAGAAUCUGUAGCAGAAGCAGAUAAUGCUGAGAAUGAACUAACCCCGUCCAGUUUAUCAGAACAGAUGAGGCUUCUGAAUUUCUCCCAGUGGUUGGAUCUUUUCAACAAGGUCUUCAUGAAUCUCAUGAUACUGCUGACGAGAAUAGAGUACACUCACAGCAUCAUGCGGAAACUGGUCAACAUGGCUGCCGGAAAGACCAAUGAUGAAGGGAAGAAGAUUGAGAAUGGGUCCCAGGAGGGUCAUACAGAGAUGAAUGGUAUCAGAUCUAGUCUGGUACAGUCGGAGGAGCAUGAUAGUGAUGACGAAAGACUGGCAGAGAUUGAACAAUGUAUGGAAGCUGAGGAAAUCCUACCUCAAGGUGACUUUCUCAUCGCACCCAAUGAGCAUCAGAGAUUGAUGGCUGGAUUACAUGACCUGAUGGGAUCGGUUUGUGACUACAUGCAUGAUCGCUGUCUCAAACUACUUAUAGCUAGAGGAAAGGAUGGUUUCUUGGAGAGACUGAGCUCCAGUGAGUUCCUGACACUAUCUAGAACCAUCAAGGUUUUUGUUAGUAACUGUGAAGAGAUUUGUGGUAGAAGGAGUACUUCACUCAUUGGUGGUCUGCAGAAUCAGGCAGUCAAGUUUGUCAGUAGGUUCCACGAUGAAAGGAAAACCAAACUCAGUCUUAUUCUAGAUAGUGAGAGGUGGAAACAGGCCGAGGUACCAGCUGAACUCCAAGAUCUGCUUUCCGCUUUCUCAGACGGUACAAUAUCUCUGGAUCUCUUAGCCAAGACUGAUAUAGGUAACGGUGGGGAAAGAAAACCAUUGGACUGUGUGCAGAUCAAUGGCAGUAAAUAUGCAGUAGUUGGGACUGUAAUGUUACUGCUAAAGAUGGUAGCGGAGUAUUGUCAGUGUGUGAAGGACAUGCCUACAGCUACUAUGGAUCUUCUUACAAGACUCUUGGAACUCUUACAGAUGUUCAACUCACGUUCUUGCCAACUCAUUCUGGGUGCUGGGGCUCUUCAACUUGUAGGGCUCAAGACAAUUACUACAAAAAACUUGGCUCUGACAUCUCGAUGUUUACAGCUGGUUGCAUUGUACAUUCCUAUUGUCAAGGAUUUCUUCACUGAAAGGCUUUCUGCGAAGCAACAGAACCUUCUCAAGAGCUUUGAUAAAAUACUCAAGGAUUAUAAUGACCAUGUCCAGGAGAUCUCAAGCAAACUUGUAGCCAUCAUGGAUGAUUCCUUCAGAUCAUGUUUAUCACAGUGGGAGGUGAAAGCUCCGGUACCUUCAUCCUGCUUUCGAGAGAUCUGCAAACGAAUCAAGAAGCUCUAUGAGGCCAUCGCUGACCUUCUACCGUCAGAACAAGUCAAGGUGUUGUUCACCCGACUCAAUGCAUCAUUCAAGACGAGGCUCAAGGACCAGCUUAUACAUCUCAAUGUUCACAAUGAUGGAGGGCCAAAACAAGGGUUAGUGACCUCUGAUCUUGUCUUCUACACAGAGUUCAUACAGUCUUUGGACGGUCUUGGAGAGAUAGUGGAUAACAUGGAUGAUAUAUGGUCAUGGAGGUAGCACCUCUUCAAUCAUCAUAGCCAACUUGAAAAACCAUCUCUCUCCCCAAUCCCAGGGUAGUUCUUCUAAAGUAAACCAUUGACAUCUGUCUUGGGAUGGACUGAUUCUAGCGAUAUAAAAUUGUGUUUUGGAGCCUGUAUGUGAGACGUGUAACCGUAUUAGCAGUAGCAAAAGAAAUAUGUUCACUUGGUUUACAAGCAGUGUGUCUACUUUCAGAUUACCCAUAAACAGCUUUAUGGAACACCCUACUGGCCAGAUAUGUUACAUGAUUGCAAGAAUAUCUCUUAUAUGCUGCCAAUAAGUUCAAAUAAAAGAUUGGCUUAUUGACAAAGAAAUGUAGAUACGGCAUUUGCCAAAAGGCUGACAUCCCUGGAUUGCUCUGCAAGUUUGACUUUAUUAAAAAAUCUAUCGCCAAACCUCAAAAAGGUCUGGUGUGGGGGUGGGUAUAGAAUUACACGGCCCGGGAAGCGGGUCAUUGCCAGGGCCCUGCGGAAUUAGUAGAUCUUCUUCGAUCAUUGGCUUUGGCAAUGUGUGCUCCCUUUUAAUUAUUUUACUAUGCUAACAGUAGCUUUACCGUUACUCUUGAUCUAAUGGAAUGGUUACAGUACACACCUUGCACUGGGAUGAAAUAAUUGCCAAUGAAUUCCCCUAUGACUGCUUGAUCUCUUUUUAGGGAUAGGAUGUUCCCCUCUCUUCUCGAAUUCCCUAAUUGAACCAGACUCGAGAUGCUACGUCCCUAGGCUUUUGCCUGACUUCAGGCCUGACGACUCCGCAUUUCAGGCUUUUUGAGGUUUACAUAUUGCAUAUUGUAUAAAGAACGUUAACAUGUUUUGACUUCGUCAGUCUCAGUGAGUAAAGCUGACUGGCAACCCUGCGAACAUAAAAUGCUUUCAUGUUACAUUAGAAUAAUCCUACUAGCCAGUACCAAGCAUGUGCUAGGUUUCAGGACAAAGCAAAAUGUUAUCAGCCAUAUUAUGAAUAUUUAUGGACAUGAAUCUUGUAUCUAAUGAAUAGUUGUUUACAUGAAUCUUACACUGCUAUUUUUAUCAGUAUUGGUAUGGUGAUGAAUCUAUGCUAUGUCAUCUGCUCUACAAUUAUUUAUCUCCACUUAAGAGUUAUGAUCAACUGCGUACAUGUAGAUAGGUAUUAUUUAUAUUGUAUAGUAUAUAAACAGCAUUACUAUGUGCAAAAUUAGGAAAUAUGUAUAUUGGAUUUGAUCUAUAAUAAUAGCAGGGCCCGCUGGGAGAACAGUUUUCGGAACUGAAGUGGCCUACCCUGGGUAAAUAUGCCAAUAUUAUUAGUAGUAGAAGUAGUAGUAUCUGAACAGAAAGUAUUGUUAGGUUUUUCUAAUAAAUCAUACUUCUUGAAAUGGUGAACCACAACCAAGGGAAUUUGUGAAUUGGUUGGGAGAAGAGUAAUAUCAAAGCCCAAUUAAAAUGAUAUUCCAAAUCAUGUAUGAAUCAAUAACACUCACUUUUUCUAUGGCAACAAUCUGUUAUAAAAAAAGUAUUUAACACACACACAAGAGUGGAUUAAACUCAUCUUGCAUGGAUGUAUGUUGGGUCAACCUUAAGCAAACUUGCAGUAUUGUCUGAACGGCAAUGUUUGUUUUAACAUUCUGAAUAUGGCAGAGUAUCAAGGAAUGAUAAUAGUCUGAUGUUUGAUUUUGUGAAGGUCUGAGAUUUGUUAGGAUAUUUAGCAAUAAGCCUGACUUUUAUAGCCCUUUAUUUACACUUCUUGUUAUUUAUUUCAAAGAUGAGUAGAUUUCAUGGUUCAAAAAUAUUAUAUCAUUACAUGGAAAAAAAAAUUCUUGAUAUGCAUUUGUAAAUAAUUAUAAUUCAGUUGAACUUCUAAUCUAUUCCAAGAAUGCUGCUCAUUAUAUAAUAAAAAAAUUUCCUUCAGAAAAAUUAUAGCAAAUUGUCCUGAAUGUCAAAAACUUAGGCAGAUGAAUAAGAAUUGUAUUGUCCUUUUCACUUCAGUGCAGAAAUGUACUUCUAUUUAUUCUAAAUAAUAAAUAAUAUAGGAUUUGUAUAGCGCACGUAUCCACCUUGCUAGGUGCUCAAGGCACUCCUAUAUUACCAUGGCUAAGCUAGUCUACCGAUUCUGGUGCGCACAGCUUUUUGAGGAAUUACUUCCUGCCGGUACCCAUUUACCUCACCUGGGUCGAGUGCAGCACAGUGUGGAUAAAUUUCUUGCUGAAGGAAAACACACCAUGGUAGGAUUCGGACCCACGACCCUCUGUUAGAAAGGCGAGUCAGAACCACUACACCACGACGCACCCACACACAUUCUUAGCAAAAAGGGUAUUUUAUUUCAAUGUAGGAGCACAUUGUGUUACUAGACAUGUUAUUAGUCAAUCAGUAAAAAAGGGAGGGGCAGGUCAUGAAGUAAAGACCAUUGCAGAAACCUAUACGCUGCUGACUUUGGGGAAGAAAUUAUAAAGUUUAGAUGUACUAACAAGAAUGGGAUUAACAGGUAAUUGGAGUAGGAUAUGGUAGUAGAUUACAAAUUGGAAUAAUAAUAAUAAACAUCCAAUGAAAAUUGACUUGCAAACCCUGUGUGAAGGGAAUGAUCAUGGAUGUCAUUUUCUUCAUUAUUUUGAAAUUGGUCCAUGUGUAUUUCACACCAUUCAAGAGUGCAUUAUAAUAAUUGGGAGAUUAUCAUACAUUUCACAAUACAUGCUUCAUCAACAUUGAUUGUCAUGAGAUGCCCGAGUGAGAAUUGACGAAUGAAAGACAUUUUUAACUGAACAAUGAAUCCCAAGCGCAGGGAAAAAUAGGGAUUGAUUAUUAGAACUACAAGCAAGAUCCCAGGAAAAAUUGUAUUUAAAUGAGGUUUGUAAUCACUUUGAUAGGGCUACCACGCCUCCCUGAUUGUCAUGGAGACUUCCUGAAAAUUAACUGAUUUUUGUUUAGUACAAACUGCAAAUUUUCAACAUCUCAUUGAUUCGUACAUUGCUUUCUUUCAUUAGAAUAUGUGAAAUGGAGAAAGAUCUCCCUUCUUCCUCGGUAAAGUCUCCCCGAGAGGUGCAUAUUUAAGUUUGCAGCUCUGCUUUGAAAGAGCAACACUGCCUGGUGUUGAUUACUACGUGGUCGACCAAUCUCUCUCUCAGGAGUAACACGAAAGGAUCCCAUAAUAACUUACUCGCAUGUAUUAUGAAAUGCACAAAUUAACCUCCUCACACUGUGGUACAUUUGACCCAGCUUUAUAUAGCCUCUUACAGUUUGGUAUUCUCAAUUGCCUCUUUCUUUCCGUCUGAUUUACUUUUCAAGAAGUUGGAAUAUUGAGAGAGUGUUCAUAAAAAGCUCUAUUUUUAUUAGCAUGUUAAACAAUAGUGUACAGUAGCUUGAAGAGUUUAUUUUUAUAUGAUUUGAUAUAGCAUACUGGACAUCAGUAGCCAAAAUUUGAUAAAUGAUAUGAAAUGCUUAGAAUAUCUUGUAGAGAUGGUGUUAUAAUUGAAGGAGGAAAGGUAUGUUUAAUUUACAAAUGGUAUUCCAACCAUAGUUGAGGUCCUAGAUUGUUUAUGAUAUGUAAUGAGGUAUUUAGCAUAUUGAUUGUCUGAAAUUGUAAACGUUGGAAUAUAAAAAUAGUAAUUCUCAAAGUAUGUGAAAGUGGUCAUUGGUAAACAUUCACUUUGACAGAUUGGUUUGUGAUAAAGGCAUUUUAAGGGAAUGAAACCUUUGGAACAGGUUGGCUUCUGUGGAAACAGAAAAAUCAAAGAAUGAGAUCAAAGCUAGUUUGAGAAAAAUCAGACAAAUAAUGAGAAAGUUCUGAGCAUUUGAAUAUUGCGAUCACUAAUGCUAUGGAGAUCCUGACAUUGGCAAUGCGACAAAUAUUUGUGAUGUCACAUGUUAACUUUCCCUUUGAUGAACUACGAAAUACUAUCUACUGAUAGAUGUGAUAAGAGGCAUUUUAAGUGAAAUAUAUAGAAAAGUAACGAGAAAGUUGUUCACAUGUGACAUCACACAUCUUUGUUGCAUUGCCAAUGGUAGGAUCUACAUUACAAUAAUGAUCUAAACUUCAAAUGCUCAUAACUUUCUUACUAUUCAUUCAAUUUUUCUCAAACUUUUGUUUAUCUGUUUUUGCACAAGCUAUCUUGUUUCAAGGGUUUCAUUUUCCUUUAAUCUUACUAUGUGAUCCCGUUAUAAAUGUUUUGUUAUGUCUACUCUGGAUCAAUAAAGCAUGAAUUACACAAAAAAUAUAAAGGCAUAACUUUAUAAAUAAAAGAAAUGUAAUACAUUUAGAGCUCUGUAUAUCUUCAAUCUGUUUGCAAUAUAACCCAGUUCUUUUGGGACUUCAGAAAUCUAUUGACUUGGGAGAAAUUAGACUUAGAAGCGGUAUAUAACAACUGAUUUGCAUUACCUGGGCCCCGUCUUACAAAGAGUUGCAAUUGAUCCGAUCAACCACAGCUAUGGAAAGCCAUCAACGUCAACAUCUGAAAUUCAUUUUUGUUCAAAAUAUUUUCCACAUGUAAUAUGUAUAUUCAUACAUUCAUUGUUUUCUUGAAAAUUCAGUGUGCUUCUCGUUGCUUACAAAUGAUAUUGAGCAAAUUUCCUGUAGAAAAAAAUAUGGCAUUGAUGGAUUUCCAUAUAGUUGAGGUUGAUCGGAUCAAUCGUAACUCUUUGAAGACAGAGCCCUGAUCUAAUAUAAUGCUUUGACUUAGGCAAAUAUGUGACUUGUGGAAGAUCGACUUAGGUUUACUUGUUCUCAUAAACCUUGCCUUGCGUAUACAUCUGUCUCGGUUAUCAAACUUUGAAUCCUAACCUACAAGAUUCAACAAAAAUGAAAAUGCAUCAUUUUCCACUGGAUUGCUGAUGUCAGUCAAUGUUUUAUAUUGUAGUGACAUGAAGAUAAUAGGUUUCCCUUUUUAAUUGCAUUCCUACAUUGUCUUUUAAGAAGAAAGGAAUGUACUUAUAUUGUAAAAUUCAAACUGGAAUCCAGCUCUGCCGUUCCAAUCCACAUCUAAAUUGUUAUUUUGUUUAACUGUUUACUUAUGAUAUAAUGAAUGAAGUAUAUUACAUUCAACUGCCCAUUACUUGAAAUUAGUGCAUACAGUGUCUUUGAAUAACUGAAUUUAUAUAUUUUUUCUUUUAUUUGAAGAAUAUGGAAAGAAUGCAGAUAUGAAUGUACAAGAUCUUCAUCAUUAUUAGUUAUGAUAGGUGAUGUUUAUAUUAUGAUCAAGAAUAAAUGAAAUUAUGUGCAAUCAUAUGAAUCAUAUUACUCUCA